AUGCAUGCAUCGCGCGAGGAUCAGGGGAGGGUUGCUGUCGUACCGUUCGAUCCAGCACGUCCCGAUGCUGUGGUCGAGAUCGGAACCAGGGCCAGCUGCAACAAGAAGGAAAAAGAAAAGAAAAGCACAACUCGGCCGCCGUACUCGCCCUAUCAGUAUCUCGGCCUCGAGUCUUCAUCCGCCACUCUCGCCGUCACAUAUCCCCAGGACUAA